AUGUGCCCUAGUAGUCGAACCUCGUGUCGUCUGACCUCUACAAGGCUCUAUGUGGGAGCGACUCCCAAGACAUCGUUGAUACUACUGCGGGUAUCAUAUUUCUCGGAGCACCUCAUCAAGAAUCAUAAUGCCCAGCUCAGCAACCUUGCGGAUGCAUUCGGCUCUCGUAUAGCCCCGAACGAACGUCGACCACGAAAAGUUCCGAUCAUAUCCUUCUACGAGACGAAGAAGACCUAUUUACUGGGGCUAUCGCUGGGCGUCGUGGUGUCACGAGAUUCCGCCACGGUCCACGCCGAUUGCGACAAGAGGCACAGCAUCGAGACAGAUCAUUCCGGGCUUAACAAGUGCGGCGGGCCGACCGAUACGCUGUUCACGGAGCUGGCAGCGGCGAUACAACGCCUGAAGACCCCAUCGCUGCUCGACCAAGCCGACACAUGGAUACGCGACAAGCACUACACGGCGGACAGGCUUAAGAUUGAACGACUCUCGGGCGAGUCACUGUCUAUGGAUCAGUGCUACAUCAACCUAGCCAUCGUGGGACAAUCCGGCCUAAACGCAGGUCACUUAAAGAAGGGGGGCACAGCGCCAUCCCCAUUUUCCAUCCUCGCCCGGCAGAAGGUUGAGGCACCCGACAAGACUAUGCAGGUCGAUUUGGCAGCAAUUUUCAACGAACGCAAGGGAAGCGACGGCCAACCGAUGCAUCCACGAAGAAUCUUGAUUAGAGGCCGUGCAGGUGUUGGCAAGACUACCUUGUGCAAAAAGAUUGUUCAUGAAUUUACUAAAGGCACGUGGGCCAAAUGGAACGAAUUGUUUGACCGUGUGCUUUGGGUGCCUCUGCGAAAUCUGAAGCUGCCGGAAAGACGUAAGAAAGCCAAGUACACCUUGGAACAUCUUUUUAGCCAUGAAUUCUUGCUGCCAACGGAUGGACCUAACCUCGCUCGUGCGCUGUCCUGUGCAUUGGAAACUAAGAGCAGCAAGACUCUAUUUCUCCUCGACGGCCUAGACGAAGUAUCCCAGGACCUGACAGGCAACGGCAGCAUGGCCUGCUUUCUCGCCAAGCUUUUAACCCAGCCCUACGUCGUCAUCACGACCCGACCAUCGGCCAAGCCUCCGCUAAACCUGGACCUCGAACUGGAAACGAUUGGAUUCGGCCCCGAUCAGGUGAACGAGUAUAUCGAAAAAUCCUUCACUAAUCCAAAAACGAGCGUAACUGAUCGCACCAAAGUCGACAAAGUCCAGUCGUUCCUUGAAGAGCGUUGGCUCAUCCAGGGUCUUGUACGCAUUCCAAUCCAAUUGGACGCCCUUUGUUACACCUGGGAUGACCUGAAACCUGACGCUAUACUGAACACGAUGACUGCCAUGUACAAAGAAAUCGAGCUGAAACUGUGGAAGAAGGAUGUCUUACGAUUGAAGAAGAAACACGAAGACAAAGAGUUAACAGAGGAAAAUAUAGCAACGGCUGGCAGGCGGAAGAUCGAAGGAUUUGUCAGGGAUGAAAUGGUGUUCAUUGAGAGCCUCGCCUUUACUGGGCUGUACAACGAUGUCAUCGACUUUACGUCAGAACACCUCGACAGCAUAUCGGACCGCUUCGCACCAAACCUCUUACCUGACAAGACCUUGCCGUCACUAUCUUUCCUGCGAACGUCAGAUCUCUCAUCAGAAUAUCGCAACCAAAAUUACCACUUUAUACACCUGACAUUUCAAGAGUACUUUGCGGCACGGUAUUUUGUGCGGCAGUGGAAAGAUCCGGAGGGACAACUCUGGUCUCUAACACUCAGCAGUAUGAAUACUAGGACAAAAGCAAGUCCUCCCGCAGAAUUUCUUAGGAAACACAAAUACACAGCACGCUACGACAUCUUCUGGCGCUUUGUUGCCGGCUUGCUUGAUGGAAGUGACCAGUCACCAGACUUCAUCGCUACAAUCGAGGAGGAACCGCUCGACCUCUUAGGUCCUACGCAUCAGCGACUGGUCAUGCAUUGCUUGAGCGAAAUAUCGAGCGACUUGCCAGCACGGAAGGCCCUAGAGGAACGGCUGGCACAGUGGCUGUUGUUUGAAUGCAAAUUCAACAAAAGUGCGAGUCUGGCAAGUGAAGUUGAGUUUCCCGAGGUAGCGCUGAAGACUGCCUUACUCGAUGAGUCUAGUGAUGUUCGGAAAACAAUUCUGCAGUCGCUAGCUUCUCGAGCCUCAAUUCCGCAAAGUAUCGCUAAAGUGGUGGCGGGGCGGCUCGGCGACGAGGCCGAGGACAUGCGAAGGGCCGCUGUCGAGGCCCUAGGCGGGCGGGCGGCGCUGCCUGACGAGGUACUCACGGCCGUGGCGGCGCGGCUAGGCGACGAGGCUAAGUUCGUGCGAAGCGCCGCUAUUAAGGCCCUAGACAGGCGGGCGGUGCUACCGGACAAGGUGCUCACGGCCGUAGCGGCGCGGCUCGGCGACGAGCACAAGUUCGUACGAAGCGCCACGGUCCAGGCCCUAGGCGGGCGGGCGGCGCUACCCGAUAAGGUGCUUACGGCUAUAGCGGCGCGGCUAAGCGACGAGGCCGAGGACGUACAAAGCGCCGCCAUCCAGGCCCUAGGCGGGCGGGCGGCGCUGCCAGGCGAGGUGCUUACGGCCGUGGCGGCACGGCUCGGUGAUAAGCACUGGUUCGUGCGAAGUACCGCCGUCGAGGCCCUAGGCGGGCGGGCGGCACUACCUAGCGAGGUACUCACGGCCGUGGCAGCGCGGCUGGGUGACGAGGCCGAGUUCGUGCGAAGGGCCGCUAUUAAGGCCAUAGGCGGGCGGGCGGCGCUGCCUAGCGAGGUACUUAUGGCCGUGGCGGCGCGGCUGGGUGACGAGCACUGGUUCGUGCGAAGUACCGCCGUCGAGGCCCUAGGCGGGCGCGCGGCGCUACCGGACGAGGUUCUUACGGCCGUGGCGGCGCAGCUCGGCGACGAGGCCGAGUUCGUGCGAAGGGCCGCUAUCGAGGCCCUAGUCGGGCACACGGCGCUGCCAGGCGAGGUGCUUACAGCCGUGGCGGCACGGCUCGGUGACGAGCAUUGGUUUGUGCGAAGUACCGCCGUGCAGGCCCUAGGCGGGCGGGCGGCGCUGCCAGGCGAGGUGCUCACGGCCGUGGCGGCGCGGCUGGGUGAUGAGGACAAGGUCGUACGAAGGACCACCGUUGAGGCCCUAGGCCGGCGGGCGGCGCUACUAGGCGAUGUGCUCACGGCCGUGGCGGCGCGGCUGGGUGACGAGGAUAAGGUCGUACGAAGGACCACCGUCGAGGCCCUAGGCGGGCACACGGCGCUACCUAAUGAAGUGCUUACGGCUAUAGCGGCGCGGCUCAGCGACGAGCACGAGGACGUACGAAGGGCCGCCAUCCAGGCCCUAGGCGGGCGGGCAGUACUACCUAAUAAGGUGCUCACGGCCGUAGUGGCGCGGCUCAGCGACGAGGCCGAGGACGUACGAAGGGCCACCGUCCAGGCCCUAGGCGGGCGCACUGCGCUGCCUAACGAGGUGCUCACGGCCGUGGCGGCGCGGCUCAGCGACGAGGCCGAGUUCGUGCGAAGGGCCGCUAUCGAGGCCCUAGGCGGGCGGGCGCCACUGCCCGACAAGGUGCUCACGGCCGUGGCGGCGCGGCUAGGCGAUGAGGCUAAGUUCGUACGAAGCGCCGCUAUUAAAGCCCUAGGCAGGCGGGCAGUGCUGCCGGACAAGGUGCUCACGGCCGUAGCGGCGCGGCUCAGCGACGAGGCCGAGUUCGUGCGAAGGGACGCUAUCGAGGCCCUAGGCGGGCGGGCGGCGCUGCCGGACGAGGCGCUCACGGCCGUGGCGGCGCGGCUCAGCGACGAGGCCGAGUUCGUGCGAAGAGCCGCUGUCGAUAUUUUAAUGCAGAGGCACGGUAAAUUCUGUUUCACUCUACUUAAGGGGCCUCUCAUCUCGUCUCUCUAUAAGGCUUUACUCGAACGGAGUUUUAAGGAACAAUUAAGUUGGUAUAUUGCAAAAGACAACUCCUAUAUUAACAUGCCAGAUGGUAUUACAGAAUUCUCUGUCGAUAUUCAACAGAACGAAUUUUGGGAUUGGAUAAACGGAGCGCGGCCAGCUGACUGUCCAUCAACCAGCGGCGGGGAGAGCUUGUCGCACAACCAGUCCUAUCUGGUGGCCGACGGUUUUAACGGCGGGCGGAUGGGAAAGGAUGGUUUGUAA